AUGUCCCCAGGCCAUUGGCUCUCAGUGCUGGGCCUGGCAUUGCUCCUGGUGGACUCCCUCGGCGGCGAGGACUUCUAUUUUCACCCGGAGUGGGGGUUUGACGCCUAUGAAAUCACCGUCCCCAGAAAGCUCAGCUUCCGGGGAGGGGAGCAGGGGGCCUUCAGACACAUGUCCUACCUCCUGCAGGUGCAAGGCCAGAAGCACGUCCUCCACCUGUGGCCCAAGAGGCUCCUGCUGCCCCGGCACCUGCAGGUCUUCUCCUACACAGAGCAGGGGGAGCUGGUGGAGGACUACCCUUACAUCCCCAGGGACUGCAGCUAUGUGGGCGUGGUGGAGGGAGCCGAGGAUUCUGAAGCCACUCUCAGCACCUGUGCGGGCGGCCUCCGAGGCAUAUUGAAAAUCGACGCCAAGUAUUACCAAAUGGAGCCCCUCAGGGGCUCUUCCGGGUUUGAACAUGCCCUGUAUCUCCUGAAGGACGAGUGGGGAUUUCAGGACCGGAUCUGUGGCAUCUCUGGGGAUGGGACGGAAGAGCCGACGGCCCAGCCUGACAUCCUGGCUCGAUAUAAUGAUUUUAUAUCUGGACCCUCGAUGCACCAGAAAUAUUGUGAACUAGGCCUGGUCUUUGAUCAUGACAGAUAUGUGUUUUCAAAUUCCAAUCUCACUGAUGUCACCAACGACGCCAUUCUUCUGACUUCGAUCAUGGACACUUACUUUCAGGAGCUCCGUACGAGGGUAAUGCUGCGUGCCCUUGAAGUGUGGUCCGAAAGAGACAGAGUCGAUCUUAACUUUCCGUCGUUACAGCAAGCGCUAAGACAGUUUUUGAUAUACCAGAAAGAUAUACUAAGUUAUCAGUUUAAAGUAGACUGGUCACAACUCUUCAUUAAGAGAAGUUUCAAGGAUGCCGUGGCCUGGUCCUGGGGGAUUGUGUGCACGGAGAGGUACGCAGGGUCUGCGUGUGCUUUUCCGGACAUGCGCAUCCUCGGACCUGCCACCUGGAGUGCCCACAACAUCGGCCAUAGUUUGGGGAUGCAGCACGACGGGCCCACCUGCCGGUGCGGCGGCCGGCGGAGCUGCAUCAUGGGCACCGGCCGGUUCGGGUUCAGCAACUGCAGCAUCAUCCACUUCUUUAACCACGUCCACAAAGCAGCCAACUGCCUGAACAACAUCCCCGGGGAGGACUACGUAAUUAAGAGGUGCGGGAACAAAAUCGUGGAGGACGAGGAGCAGUGCGACUGCAGCUCCUUGGAGGACUGCGAGGAAGACCUGUGCUGCGAGCCGGGCUGCAGGCUCAGGCCGGGGGCCAACUGCAGCAUGGGGCUCUGCUGCCACCAGUGUCACUUCCGCCCCUCCGGGCACAUGUGCCGGAAGGAGGAGACCGAGUGCGACCUCGCCGAGUACUGCGACGGGGUCUCCGAGUUCUGCCCCAACGACACGUACAAGCAGGACGGCACCCCGUGCAAGUACAGCGCCCACUGUUUCCAGAAGGGGUGCCACUCCACGCACGUGCAGUGCCAAAGCCUCUUCGGGGCCCACGCCAGGGAGGCCCCCGAGCGGUGCUACCAGGCGGUGAACGCCAUGGGGGACCAGUACGGGAACUGCGGCAUAGUUGGAGCCGGCGACUCCAAGAAGUGCACCGGCAAGAACGCCAUCUGCGGCCGGGUGCAGUGCAUCCACGUCGAGACCCUCCCGGACCUGCCGGCUCAAACGAGCAUCGUGUCUACCUACCUGGGCGAGGAUAACCUGAUGUGCUGGGGCGUCGGCUACCGCCUGUCCCUGAUCCCCAUGGGGAUCCCCGACCGGGGGGGGGGGGGGGGGGGGGGGGUGGUCUACGACGGCACCUCCUGCGGCAAGGACCGGGUGUGCGUGAACACGACGUGCUUCAACGUCUCCGUCCUGCGGUUCGACUGCGUGCCCGCGAAGUGCAACCACAGGGGCUACUGCAACCACGACAGGAACUGCCACUGCCAGUGCGGCUGGGCGCCGCCGCCCUGCGAGGACCAGGGCUACGGGGGCAGCGAGGAUAGCGGGCCGCCGGGGCCGCUGCCGCAGGAGGUGCCCGCCGCGGCGCAGGUCGUGUCCCUCACGUUGUUGUUGCGCGUCGGCCUGUUGGCCCUCUCCAUGGUCGUCGUGUUCUUCAGGCGGUUCCUAAGGAGCUUGAUUGGUUCCGGUAUCGCGGGGAUGUUACAGGGCUUGCUUGCAGAAGAGCUCCUGAUCAAUAUCUUUGUCAAAUACAAAAGGAUGAAGUCCAAGACUGUAAAGAUGUGCACGUAG